GCAUUUGUAUGCAUCGACCGGCGACGGUUCGACCGAGUGGCGUUUGAAUUUAUUACUGGCUGUCGAGGAGCUGGUCGCAUUCAGUCUUCGAUAAACAGUCGAAGCGUAUGGACGUACUCAUACUCAACCUGUCCAACUGAAAGCAAAGAAGGUUCCUCUACUGCUUAAGCCUAGUAUCACAAUCAUCACAAAUUAGGGUACCUUAAGCGUUUUUAUUCGUAAGCAGAGGCAGCGUGGAUAGUAUCUGAGGAGUAUAGUCAAUUGUCUUCAAAUUGGGUCCAAUCAGCGCGCGGAGGAAGAAUAUCAGUUUCACGGCAACUCCGCGGACCAUUGUCGCAGCAUCCCAUCAGUUCGUUCGUUCGUCGGUUGAUUCGUUUAUCGGCAAUCAUCGCACAAUAUCAGACGUGUUAUCAACAAGUGAGAGAGAGUGUGGAAAAGAGAAUAUCUCACGAUAAGGGACACAAUCCAGCAAAGUGUACAAGAAGAAUAAUGCUAAUUGGUUAGCUUCGGCGAGAAGGGAAGAGAUUCGGAGAGUGAAGUGAAAUUACGUCUUUUGUUGAAAAGAAUACCUUCAGAAGCCCAAAUUGUGAUGGCAGUCGUCGUGCACAAAUGUCGUUUUUAAAGUGUAGUGAUUAAGCUGUGAAAAUCAAUUUUAAGAGUCUGUAACUUUGUCUAAGGAUUGCAUGUAAACGUGGAAGAUCAAGUAGCCUAGUGCUGUAAUUUGGUGAAAGCCUAAGUGGUGUACUGUUUCUGAUGUCUAGAAAAAAUCCAAGCAAACGGGAAACAUUCUACACAACCCGCAAGCCGAGUUAGCUGGCGGUCUUUUGUGCAAAGAAUCGCUCCGAAUUUGAUUACUAGUGUGGAAAGCCGGUGUUUGAACUUUCUAAAAAUACUCGGUUCAAGUCGAAUAGCGGGAAAAGCAAAAAAUCUGCACGCGUCUAUCCUAGGAGAAGUGGACGCCGCAACUUGAAAUUGGUAGUCUGGUUGAUACUGCAAGGGUCAGGCAGCAAAAAUAAUUGAUCCACAACUAACGUCAUUCGCUAGGCGAAAAUUAACGAUCGUGCUACCAAUCCGUGGACAACUUCUACGGUUCCGCUCGACCCGUUCGGCAUUUUUCUGCAUCAUUCAAAACCAAAGUAGGCGUUGCUCUGUGGUGCCUGAAAGGAAUUCCAGUAGGAUUUGAGUGACCAUUCCCCGCUUGCCCAUUAGUAGUGACACGCGGGCGCCUCGUGUGCCGCUUGGUGAAUGCCAGCCUACGCCGAGAUGCUGGUAUCGCAAAGCCCACCGAUCUACAAUCACUCACUCGUGGAUUACAUUUCGAGUCAAACCGGCGACGGGACCCGCUUCGGCUGCAGUCCCACGACCCGUAGCUUCUGUCGGCCCGCGUCCCUGCAGCUCAGUCCGUCGCCACUGCGCCGCCAGGUGACCCCACCGAGCCCGAUCUGUCCGAAGAUGCCGGCGUCACCGAGACGAUCGUGUCUGGUGGUACGCCCGGAGGACCUCACCCCGGAGGAGGAACGUACGAUCGAUCUGCACCACAGCUCGCUGGACCCCACGCACGACAAGCAUCGGAACAAGAAGAAGGUGGUCUUCGCGGACGAUCAGGGUGGCCAGUUGACGCAGGUUCGGGUCAUGAAGGAACCCUCGUACAUGCCGCCGAUCUGGAGCUUGCAGUUCCUGGCGCACGUCACCCAGGGCAUGAUCAGUCCGGUGCCGCAGGAACAGUGGGUGGUGGACUUCAGGCAGCCGGCCAGCGCCUACCUGGAGUUCCGCCAGAAGGUCGAGGACAAGAACGUCUCGCUGGAGAACGUGAUCAUCAAGGAGACGGAGCACCUGAUCGUCGGCACGGUCAAGGUGAAAAACAUCAGCUACAACAAGGAGGUCAUCGUCCGGUCGACCUGCGACGGCUGGAAAACGCACGAGGACACCUACUGCACGUACACUGUGGUUGGUAGCGGUUUGGCAUCGGCCUACACGAUGCACGACACCUUCUCCUUCAAGCUCACUCUUCCCCCUAAGUCCAGACGGAUUGAGUUCUGCGUUUGCUACAAAUGUGAUGCCGGCGAGUUCUGGGACAACAAUGAUGGUCGCAACUACUCCCUCACCAACCGCGUCAUGCCUCGGCAGGAGUCUAGCAUAUUCUUCCCCUCGCAUCCCUAUAAUAGUAGUAGUAACCGUAACAAUAGCAACAGUACCUCCCCCAAUAGUACAAACUCGACCACCAGUCCCAGCACCACCACAGUCAAUGGACAAUGUUCCAGCUUAAGUGCCUAUAGUUCUCAGUAUGUGGACCCAACGGUCGAUCUGGACACGUGGCGUCACAUGCACCCGGAGGCCCACGAUGGCCCUUACUGCAUGGACAUCGAUAAAGAAGCACAGAACGAUGAGCAUAGCGUGGUGGUGACGUCCGCAUUCACAGCGCCACAGACCCAGCUGACGGUCACUGUUGCGCCAGCGAUGCACAGCACCUUCAACCAAGUGCCGUCCCCGGUGGGCACUCCCUCCAAAGCGACCCUGGCCCGGCCCGAACCGGUCAAAAUGCCUUCCCCGGUGACCUCUCCGUUGCCAGUCCGACGCAUCUCAUGCGGAGAUCAGUUCGUCAGCCGCCAGCAGCAGUUUAACAGCAAUAGGGCCAGCUAUCCGAGGGCCACCGCACGGCAGUACUACAUCCGCGAUCGUCAGGAGGACCUCAUGGCCAACCUGCUCAGCCUAAGGGACCUCUUGCUCAACCAGAACGUGCAAGUGUGAUGAAGCGUCGCUUCAACGCGCUCCUCCGGACCAUGGCACUUUGCCUUGAUUUCUUUUUUUUUGUGUGAAAAAAAUGUCGUUUUGUCUCUCGUACUAUACCUACUAUCAAAAUGGGGAAAGCUUCUCGUUUUUUAACUAUCUGUGUAAGUUGAACAAUUUUUUCCGUGUAAAUUCUUGUUGAAAUAUUUAUAUCCGUGUAGAAAACCGACUGAAAUUUGCCCUUUUUGAAAGCAGUGUGUAAAUAGGGGAAUCUGGGGGUGAACAGGAACCUUUGCGAACAGCCAGCAGAUGGCGGUUUCGUUGUAUUGCUAUUAUACCCGUUUGCUUGAUCAGCGACAGUUGCUGUUUAUGUCCGGGGUUUUGGGGUAACCAUGGUAGCCGUCGUAACGAUAAUUGUACUAUUUAUUUAUUAUUGAUUUGACACAUCACACGUGGUUUUGUGCAAGCCGAUUUUGUUGAUUGCGCGUUUUACGGCGGCUCUAGCCAUGGUUUCCUAGACAACGGCUAACGUGACUCAAAAAAAAACAAUAACCUUCGAAUGAACAGAGAUGAGACAGCCAUAACAAUGGAAAAAGGAAAGAAAUUAUUUAUAGUGUAAGUCGAGAAGGUAAUCACUAUUGCAAUCAGUUUGAUAGAAAGCUAGUGAUAGGAGGUAUAAGAAGAAGAAGGAAACUAGGAAGAUGAAGGAGGGAGCAGAUACACACGAUGAAGGGAGAUGAGAAAUGGAAACCAAAAGACUGAUUGUGUCCACAAAUUACAUUAAUUUGCAUGUGAGAGAGAUAGAGCGAGAGCGAUAGCGUGGAAGAAAGACAAAGUUUAAGGGAAAGAGCGAUUGAUAAAAAAAACACAAAGAAAAAGUAGGUCCAGAAUUUUACAAACAACAGCAAAAGUCUCCCGCAAUGUUUUAAUUCAUCUGAAUGCUGAAAACAAAAUGUCAAAUGUCGAAUAAAGGAGAUAAUAAAUUGUAUCAAAUACUGCUCAGAGAAAUGGAACGGCCAUAUGUAAAUCAUAAUAUAAUCAUCAAUCAACUGAAGUAAAUAAGAGAAAAGGCAAACGAAAACUUUCUGCUCAGCGAAGGUUUCAAAACACUCAAGCGGCAAUUGAAAAGACUAGAUGUAGAAACAAAAUCUGAUAAAAUGAACUGAUGAAUGUCGAAAAAGUGCGAUCCGCAGCUACGUCACGAUCGCACAACCAACAGAAGCUGAACAAAAGUACGGACAAAACUCCCAUAUGUCCGCCAAUCUGAGAUAUUGAACGGGGCAGACCUGUGCUUCUACACACCUUACUCGACAGAUACCCUCAGACUUUCUUAUUGUAGAUAUACUUCCUCAUCUUUCUAUCGUCUUUAGGCUAGCUUUGUAUGUGACUAAGCCCGGUGGGCCCCUCUUGCCCAUCGAUAAUAGCUCAAAUAUAUUUACAUACAUUUAUAUUUAUAACGCAAGUUCAAUAGCGAACUGUUGUAUCCUCCGCCUACACUUGAGAUGAAUCUGACCGCAAAGUUGGAAGAGUUCUAACCUCGUUUACGGUCGAGCUGAAAGCUGAAAGCACGCAGAACUCAGAAAUUGCCAGAAGCAAAGCAAAAGCCUUUUUUGCGCCGCUGUUGUACAUAGUUGAAUGAUUUUGGGCACAAAAAAGCAAGCUACAAUGAAUGUUUGAAAUUACUUCUACAAAUAGAAAACGCUUAUCUAUGUUACAUUUUUACACAUUUACGUCGAAAAGUUAGAGAUUUAGAUCCUAUAAAUAUGGGAAAAUUUUGAUCUGCCGGAGCGAGCAAAGAUAAAACAAAACAGAAAAGCAAUGAUUACGAAGGAUUGUGGUACAGUAAACUCUCCAUAAUAUCGAGUUAUGGAGAGCGGACUGUACGUUGUGUCAUUGUGUAGCAAUAGAAGAUACCUGUACUGCGCCCAUUAUGAUGGUAUACAACAUACACAUAGAGUCAAGCAUACAUGUAUCGCAUAUAUAUAUAUUUUUAGUCAUCUUUACUAUUACCGUUAAGAACCACAAGGAGAAGACCAGAUCGACAAGAAAACGGAGGAUUUGAUAUGAUAAUAGCCUUUAAUGAUUGUAUAACAUUAACAUAACUACUAUUAUCCAUUAGUUGGCUUGAUAUCUGGCUAUGUAAAUAGGCGAAGCUUUCGUGUGUGGAAGCAAGCACUCAGUGAAGAAAGUGAAAUCAUGAGUAAAAUAUUUUUAUAGUUAA